AGUUUAAAACGUAAAAGAUUAAAAGAAAUAUGAGGUUUGUUCCCUUGAAAACUUACUAGAGCAGUUGGUGGAUGCAGGGAUUGACACACAAUGCCAAUUGAUUUGUCUAGUGUUAAUGCUGCUCGUUUCAACAGCUACUACGAAGAGAACCUUUUCAACAAUGAAAUAUGUGAGAACUGAUUUGCUCAACAAAAUGAGCGAUGAAUUUCUUGCCGAUUGCUCAAGUAUUUUAUUUGAAACAGUGUAUACUAUUGGUAUGGAUGUAGGCUCCAUUAUUGAUGCAUCACUAAAUUAAAAUACCGUCGUGUACAAUUUACAUUGGAAAAAAACUAUAAUCAUUAUGUUUUUUUACUAUUCAAUUUUCUAAUGAAACUCGGCCCAUUGCUCUUCUGUGUUCUGGAUCCGCCGCUGACUCCGCCACCACUAGACUCCUACAACUAUGUCGCCACUCCAAUCCGACCUGGCGAUCCAAUCUCCCACAAAGCUAUCAUACGACGGUAUAGGGGAGGGGCGUUACUGGCGAUUUCCACAGGCGCAGAUCUAUGGACGGUGCACAAGGUGGUGAGAGCUUGCUUGGCUUCUUCCCCUUCACCAUCAAUUCACGCAUACACCCCUGGCUCUUCUCCUUUGCCAUCGAUUCACGCAUACCAAGGAUUGAUUUCUGGGUUUGUAUUGUUUGUCAAUUGUAAAGGACCAGCUCCAUUCAUCAUCGAUGAAUCAUCUCCAUCGCCCUUUGUUCUUCGUUACUGGUUCGUCUCUGUUUCUCUAAAAAAUCCCCCCAAGUCAGAAAACCCCCAAAACGUCGACGACGAUGUCGUGAGACUCUCCUCUAUCUCCAAUCCAUCACAAUCAGAGCACUGUGUCGAUUGGAUUCCCGUUUGCGCUCGAUGGAGGCAGGGGUUUUGGAUCUCAUGAAAGGAGGAGUAGUAGCUGAGGGCCUAGGCGGUUUUUAUCAUCGUAGCUCGACAUCGCCACCAUCACAUCAAGACCCUCUUGAGUUUGGAUGGGGGAAGCUAGGGAUUGGAUUUGCGAUGAAUGAUGAAUGCUUUGGGCGUAGAAGAAGGAAAGAAAUAUUAUUUUAGUUUUUUAAUUUUUAUAAUAUCCAUUAAAAUCAAUUAUUUUUUAAUUUUGGCUUAUUAAUAUAAUUGAAUUUACAAAAUUUUAAAUUUUAAUUCAAUUCUAAUUUAAUUUGAAUUAAAAAAUAUGAGGUGUCAAUUACGUGGCAGCCACAUUUUUGCCACGUCAACAAAAGUCAACUUUGAUUUGACCACCGUUUGGUCAACCAUUAUCUCUAAGAGUCAACUAAAUCGUCAGAUACAAAUAGUACAAAGUAUCAUAGUUCAUAACAUAAAUGGAAUAUUGAAAA